GCAGGGGGGAUACUAUAAAGAGAACUGGGCCAGGACAUAAAACUGCAUAUCUGUUUACAAAACGCCGUCACACACAUGUGCGUCUGCGCAGUACAAUUACUGUAACAGGUUUGUAUGCUCUCCCCCUUCCCGGCCCCCCUCCGCUCCCAAGACAAUCGCUUUAGUUACAGUACAUACCUACAUGUGAACACUUGACCUUGUUCUACGUCACACGUGGGGUGCGACGAACUGAAAACAGCCAUACGAUACAGGAUUUAUUGGGGUAUUGUUAGUGGCGUAUAUGGUCAACUAACUAAUGUCAUUUGCUAGAGCCUCUUAUAAUGUGCACGUCUUAUUGUGUCGUCAAACAGGAUGUUUGGAAGGUAGAUUUUGAACCAUUCUUCAAAACAUUUCGUUCGAGGACUUCGUCACAGACAAUCGUUCACGGUUUGUAUACACAGUUUGUUCUCGUUAUCAACGCAAAGAUUCUUAUUAAUCUACCCAAAAACUGAUUGGAUUUGCAUGAGAUAAAGACAUGAACAGAUUAUUAGUUUCAGUAGGAUUAAUGCUUAUUCUCUUUCAAAGCCUGGCAGAGUGCUCACUCUCAAAGAAUGUCACAUUGAAAGAAGGUCAGACCUUCACUCUGGAAUGUUCCAUUGGGAACAGAAGCGACUGGUGGAUAACCUAUAACGGAACUCGAGUUCAAGUGUCAGCCUGUAUAGCUCAUAUCAGUACUUGUAUAUAUCAAAUUAUAUCUGACAACGAUAAUUAUAGAGCCAGCUACUAUAAACCAAAGGGAUAUGUCAGUGACAGUAACACCACCAGCACCACAUCCUUUUUCCAAGUGCUUCAUGUCCAACGAGGUCUUACAAAAAUAGAAUGUAGUAAUGACUUCAGCUCUGUUUCCUGGGAUGUCACUGUAGUUGAUCUCUUUCAACCCCAGAGAAUUAACUUGCUGGUCAACAGUGUCAAGGACUACGUCAAGGUCAGAUCCGGAACUGACGUCAUUUUGAAAUGCUGGGCAGAGAGAGAUGUGGAUUCGCCUCUGUUUAUAUACAAAGACAAUCCUAAAAAUGUUCUGAAAAAGGCAGACCUGUAUGUAAGGGAGGUGGAGCAUGUCUUGACCAUUGACGUAAAUCUGUCGGUCAAUGUGACUAUUGGAUGUCGCUCUGGUGAAGAUGAAGCUACAGCGACAGUCGCGGUGAUAGCUUGUCAUGCAGACAACAUUCGUUUCACAGCCAACUCGCGCAGUGACGUGGUGGAUGUGAACCCUGACAGCCUGGUUCAGUUCACCUGUACAGCUGACGCAGUCUGCGCCAAGGAGCUGACAUUAGUCAGAGGCACAGAUUUUCAAGUCCUGAGCCAGGCCCGGCUGCCACAAGUGAUCAACAAGGCAAUGACCAAUUUCGAGUGCGGUCACUCAUUCUACGUGGGCUGUCACGCUGGAGACGUAGGGUCACAGAAGAACAUUCUGGUUAGAGCGGCCCCUUGUGUAACGCUCACUGUCAACGGUGAGACGUCCGAUGUAGUCAGCACCUGUGACAGCACCACUGUCACUGUGUCGUGUCAGUACGAGGGUCAGUCCAAGUCCACGCUUAGCUUGCUGUGGAGGUCGUCCAACGAUGAGAUGAUAGUGCUGACCGGAACGCUGGACAACAAACUGACCUACACGCUGCCCCAAGAGUUCACGGCCAGACGCUACUCGCUGUUCACCAACUGGAUUGAAUGUAGUCUGCGGGGCGCUGUCGACGUGACCACCAAAGUUAGACUAGUUAUCGAGGAUUGUUACGAACCCACCACGAAAGCACAACCUUUUGUAAAGAAAGAGGGCAUUGUCGUGGGCGUCUCCGUUGGUGGCAGCUCUUUCCUGUUUGUAAUGGUGGUCAUUUUGACCCUCUACUGCACGCGAGCUCACCGCUUAGCUCGCAGAGAAGCCUCCGGAAGAAGGCAUUCAAGCUUACGUAGUCAACCACACAUAUCAUUGACACUGGACACUGUCCAAGCCUCUGACCCUCCAGAAUACACUGAAGUGUUCAGCGGAAGAGAUUUCAGCACGGCCCCUCCCCCGCCAGAUUACUACAGUCUACCUCCAUCCUAUGACAACGUGGCUCAUUUUUACAAACACAAUGGGGUCUGUGUGAUAGAAUACAUUUCAGAUCAAUCUUUAGACCAGUCUACAGAUCAGUCUAUUGAUCAAUUACAUCAAACUACAAAUCAGACAAUAGAUCAAAAUACUAAUCAGCCUUUAGAACAGUCCACAUAUCAGUCUAUCUAUCAGUCAUCUCACCACAGUGCAGAUCAGUCAACAGAUCAAACAUCAAAUCAGUCAACAGAUCAAACAUCAAAUCAGUCUACAGAUCAAGCAUCAAAUCAGCCUACAUAUCAGUCUAUACAUCCAUCUGCAGAAUGAUGGCAAGAAAAGAACUUUGUUAAUUUCAAAACUCAUCCUACAUUUUAUAAUCUAUUAGUCGAGUGAGAUCCAUCAAGACUGCUCCCUGGACAUUCUGUGCAAAGAUUUCUCGGAUGCAAGAACCCCGCCAGGAGGACAAUAACAGCAUUUUCUUGUCCUAACUUUCAAUGGCAUCGCUGCUUCUUAUAUGAAUGGGAUGUUAGGACCUGGUUCAGAUGUUCAAAUAAUUCGAGGCAAACACGCCCCUUUUAUGAACCAUGUGACCCGAGAAUGGCUUUUACCUCGUGGCCAGGAUGAGAAAUUGGCUCUUCACCGAUCUCUCUGUCAGGAGGCCCCCGUCGACUAAGUGAUUCAUUUAUUCACACCCGUCUUGGCAUGUUGCACGUUCUUCCAAACCUCUGCAUGAAUUCCUCCUUUCGUGUGUGGCCGGAAGCUUAAACCCCACAAGGGGGCCAUCCUUAUGCCUAUGCUUCCCCAUCGUACCCUUGGGGGGACCAUCAUUACACGUAUGGGCCCCUUUGGGAAACGGGUUGAUGGGGGUUUCGGACUGGUUUAGCGAGCCUUUUUUUCCAUCCCUACCACGUGUAAUGUACCCUCGCUAGAGGGUACGUGUGGUAGCCACUGAGAGCUAUGUGUGCUACCGUACUUGGCCUAUCCACUUUCCCGGGCGGACGUUUCACCGGAGGGCUAACGCUGAGGCAACGGGAGCAUUCCUCCGGAAUGUUAGGACCAGAAUGAUGUAGAACUAUAUAGCCUGUGGAGUAGCUCCCUAAGGGCUCAUUGUGCCCGGUGUCAUGACCAAUUGGGGACCCCCGAGAGCCCUUCAAUAAAACAAGAAAAAAUGUUUUGGCUGUAAGAAUUUCAAUGUAUCCAAUGUAAUUGUAUCUCUUGUAAUAAGCCGUUACGUGAGUUAAUGCAAAGAACUUUACUUUGAAAAGGUUGCAGCUAAAUUGGGAAGCCCCUUUUCGGCUAUUUUCAUAAAGGGAAAGGGGGCCAUCAUAUUCUUGAGCCCGGGCCAAAACAGUCCUUGCUAUGCUAAGGAUACUAAAACUAAGACCAGAGUGACCUAUUCGAGCUAAUAAGCAAUUAUGCAGUAGAACAAAGUGAACUAAAGAUUUGUUCUCAAAACUGUGAUAUAUUAUAUAUAAAUGUGAUAGAUGAUCUAAAAAGUAAAAAAAAAAAAAAGUUGAGAAUGUGUUAAUAAUAGCUUGUGUGUGUGUGUGCUUGCGUGUGUGUGUGUGUGUUUAGAGACAGAGGCAAAGAGCGAGAGAAAGAUAAAAGCAAAACCAAACAAUCAAAAAGAAAAGAGUGAAUUAUGUAUUAGUUAGUGUGACAACAAUGAACUUGUUAAAUGAUUCUGUUUUCCUUAAUUGUUAUUAUAACUGCUAUUAUUGCUAUUUAUUAUCAUUUUUUGUAAAUUCAUAUUCAAUGUGUUUCAUAUACAAUAUUUAGUUCAUAACUACAUGUGUGUAAAUGUGUUCUCAUCGUAGUAGAUCAUUAGUACAAUAAACAAAUGGAUAAACAAACAUUCCAGGACCUCAUUCGCCAAUCAUAAACAAACAACAUUUAGCCACGUGAUUCUCUAUAUCUUCUAUACAAAAUAUUUAAUCCAUAUAGUUUGUCACGUGACCGUUUUUUUUCCCAUUGUUUUAUCAAUAUUAUCACGUGGCUAAAUGUUGUCUGUUUACGAUUGGUGAAUGAAGUCCACUGCAAGUAAUGAAAAGCAAUUUAUUUUGUGAUGCAAAUGAUUAAAAAAGUUUUCAUUUUUCUUCA